UGAUAGAUUAUGUCAAAGAAAAUUUGUGUUUUGCUUCUAACACGUGGCUAUAAAAAUAGAAAGACAUUAUGUAUUAACUGCAUACUGUCAACAGAAUUUUGAAAAAAAUGGAGAAGGCUUCCAUGGAUUCUUUACAAAAGAAACCACAUGCGUUGUGCUUACCAGCCCCAGCACAAGGCCAUAUUAACCCCAUGCUAAAAGUUGCUAAAAUCCUCCAUUCCAAAGGCUUUCAUAUAACCUUCGUUAACACCGAGUUCAACUAUCAACGGCUCCUCAAAUCUCAGGGCUCCGACGCCCUACAUGGCCUCCCUUCCUUCUGCUUCGAGACGAUUCCCGAUGGCCUUCCUCCGUCACAGAACCCUGAUGCCACGCAAGAUGUUGAAUCCUUAUGCAAGUCCUUCGAUAAAAAUUUUAUGGGUCCCUUUAAAAGUCUCCUUACCAAACUGAAUGCUUCAUCUUCUCCGGUGACUUGUAUAGUGGCUGACGCUGUUAUGGGCUUCACCCAUGAUGUGGCCAGCGAAUUUGAUAUCCCCGAGAUAGUUCUAUGGACCAGCGGUGUUGGUUGUCUAAUAUGUAUUCAUGAGUAUCCCAGUCUUUUAGAGAGAGGUUUAAUGCCACGUAAAGAUUCGAGUACUUUAGUAAAUGGGUAUUUAGAUAUCCCGAUAGAUUGUGCACCAACCAUGUCUGGUUUACGACUAAAAGACAUGCCUUCGUAUUUCAGAAACGCCAGCUCUUUUGACGAAUACAUGGCAUCACUCAGUUCAAGUCUCUGGAAAGAAGAAGACAAAUGUUUGAAAUGGCUAGAAUCUAAACCACCAUCUUCAGUUAUUUAUGUGAACUUCGGUAGCCUCACAGUGAUGACACAUGAACACCUAGUCGAGUUUUGUUGGGGACUUGCUAAAAGCAAUUGUUCGUUCUUAUGGAUAAUACGUCCAGACCUCGUGAAGGGGGACUCUUCCGUUCUUCCAGCAGAGUUUUUGGAAGAGACAAACAGUAGAGGGAUGUUGGCUAGUUGGUGCCAACAAGAACAAGUUCUAAAUCAUUCAUCAAUUGGAGGGUUUUUAACACAUAGUGGAUGGAAUUCGACAAUUGAAAGUAUAUCCGGUGGAGUCCCAAUGAUUUGUUGGCCAUAUCUUGGUGACCAACAAACAAAUUGUUGGUCGUGUUGCAACAAGUGGGAGGUUGCCAUGGAGAUUGACAAUGAUGUAAAGAGAGAGGAAGUUGCGAAGCUUGUCAUUGAGUUGAUGAAUGGAGAAAGAGGGAACGAGUUGAGGAAGAAUGCAAUCGACUUGAAGAACAAGGCCAAAAAAGCAUGCGCCUCUCCUUUUGGUUCAUCGAUUGUUAAUUUGGAUAAAGUGAUUCAGCUGCUACAAGCAUUUACAAAAUAA